AUGCUUCACGGAUACGACUACCAGCUUGUGCAACUCCCUAAUGACCCCACUCUCCACGGAACAUGGAACAAGGUCCCAGCGAUGCGUGAGGCCAUAAAGCACUACGAAUAUGUUGUCUUCAUGGAUGGUGAUGCCAUCUUCACGCAUCCCCAUCUCCCUCUUGAAUGGCUCCUCAAUUACUGGGGGAUUUCUAACCAUACCACAAUGGCCUUGGCCGAGGAUCCCGAUGCACCCCUCUUUUACAAUUUGAAAAAUAUCGAUCGAAACCUGAAUACCGGCUUCGUGAUCGCUCAUCAAACUCCGAAAAGCGAAGAAUUUUUCGAAGCAUGGAUGACUUGUCCCGAUGAGACGCGAUACGAAGGCUGCGCUGUCUGGAAACUGCAGUUAACGCAUGAACAGGCCGUUGUUAAUGAAUAUCUUCGGUACGACUACCCCGAGGAGAUUCAGAUCCUUCCCUGCACUGAGGCGAAUCGCUAUCCAGGCUCAGGAGAUUGCGAGGGCGAGUUCGUCUCGCACUACUGGCCAUUCAAGGAAAUGAUUCCAAGCGGCGGGAAGGAGGUAAUGGCACAGUAUUUCUGGCCACCCCUACAAAAAGCCUACUCUCACGACCGAGAUAACCUGGUGGUCGCUAUGAAGCGACAUGAUGCCCAAGAAGAAUCGCUCAAUGCGAAUGAACCGGUUUUCGAAGAAGAGGUUCUCGAUACAAAUGAACCUGGCAUGAAAGAAGAUGCAGUCGAUGUCAAUGAGCCGGACACUGAAGAAAACAAAACAAGUUAA